AUACACUCGCCAGUCAGUCGGGCACGUACACACCUCGUGGAGUGGUUCCACGAGACCGACCCAACACCAGACAAGGGUGGCAAAAGGGAAAACCAGAAACCCGAGAAUUAAAAAAUAAAAAAUAAAACUGAAGUGAAAUUUUCAAGUGACUCGGCGACCCCUCGGGCUCGCACAAACCCAUCGGAAAUAUUUGCUCAGAUAAUCUCGCGGGUUCCUCGGAUUUCGGUGCCGAAUGGACCAGAGUUUGCCGCGAUGUCAGCUGUAACACUCGAGGGUCAGCCGACGGUCUCUGCAUUCCACGUGCGAUGAUGUAUUGGCGCUAAAUUCACCGCAAAAGACAAAACAUCAUUUCAACGAAGAAAAAAGAGAAAGAAGAAACAACGAGUGAAGUUGAAAUCAUGAACUAUCCCUAGCAUGAAUUACAAAGAGAUGAAAUGAGCGUUAUGACAAGACGAAAUUGGGCCCUGAGGCUCUCGAUAGUCCUCAAUAUCUGCGUUUUGUUGUAUGUCUGUGCACAUUUUGGAUCUUGGCAGGAGGAAGGGACCAACUGGGACACUGGUGGUGCUGUUGUUCCACUAGUGUCGAAUAACAUCUUUGGUAGUGAAAGUACUCAAAUUAAUUCGAGUGUGAGAACAGCUCAAGAGGCUAAAGCUACCAGAGUCACGGGGGUGGAUAGGUAUGACAAGAAGAAUGCCGUUACGUCAACUAUUGGAUCUGAGGGUGGAACUAAGGGGGCCGAUGCCACGAAAACCGCUGGGAAGGAGGAACUCGAGGGACAAGCUAAUUCGCCACUGGCCCAGCCAUCAUUAAGCCUGGAGGACAUACUGGGAUGCAAAGAUAAGAGCCAGGAGCCUCGAAAAGCUCAACGUGGUGAUUACUGGGUACUUUACAAUUACGUACCAAUGACAAUGGCAGUUAAAUGCUGGGAAACAUUAACAUACACGACACACGCUGAUUACACAUUUCUGGACAAUCUUGAGCCACUUUUGGAACGAUGGAGGGCACCGGUAUCGAUUGCAAUGCAUGCACCGGGUUACGACUUUCAGACGACAGUCGACUCAAUCAAAUACUUGAGAAACUGUGGUAGUGAACUUGUCUCUCAACUUGUAACCUUUCACGUGUACUUCAGCAGCAAACACGUGCCUAAAGUGGUUCCCACGAGUAAAGAUGUCGUAAACGACGUAUACAACUGCAGUCUAGGCCCACCAUGGGCAAAUCCCCAAAACAAGAACAAGAUGUACAAGAAUGAGAAGAACCUUUUGUAUCCAGUGAAUGUUGGUCGUAACAUAGCUAGAGAAUCAGCAGUAACUCAUUAUUUAUUGGCCAGUGAUAUCGAGCUUUAUCCGAGUCCUGAGCUGCCCGCGAGAUUCUUGGAGAUGAUCAGGCGACGUGAUCAGCCAGCACUGCUAAAAGCUAAUCCUAAAGUUUUCGUUCUAUCAAUUUUUGAGGUGGACGAGAAGAGUUCACCCCCAAGGAAUAAAACUUCACUGCUCAAAAUGCUAAAAUCAGGAUCAGCAAUACCAUUCCACAAAAAAGUGUGCUCGGCUUGUCACAAUAUACCAAAAAGUAAAGAGUGGCAAGAAGCACCAGAAACCGAGGGUCUGCACAUAUUCCACGCGGGGAAGCGGACAGGUGCCUUCAUCCACUGGGAGCCAAUAUUCAUAGGAACAAAUUCUGACCCUUGGUACGACGAGAGACUGAGCUGGGAGGGUAAGAGUGACAAAAUGACACAGGGCUAUGAACUCUGUGUCCUCGACUAUGAUUUUUUAAUUCUCGACAAUGCAUUUCUCGUUCAUCGACCUGGCAUUAAAUCACACAAGAAAGAUCAGAAGAGAGAUAUGAUAACUGCUAAAACAAAUCUUUUUAUAAAAAAAAUCAUAGUACCAGAGCUUAAGAUCAUGUUUGGAGUGAGAAAAGGUUGUGCUGUGUGAGAAGCAAAUUUUUUUUCUGUCGUAUUUUUUCAUAUUGACUGAUUAAAUGAUGGGAAAACGUGAUAAAUCCCUGGAAUAUUCAACCUCACUAUUUGUCACUCCUGUUUGUUAUAAUUAAUUAUUAAUUACUGUUAAGAUGAUUCCUGGGGACUCGAUUGGACAAAUUUAAGAUCAAUUUAUGUUUUUUUUAUUUGUUUGAAGUCGAUCGUAAAGUGAUUUUAGGGGAAAAUGACGAGAGACCUUCCUUGCGGGUUCCUCGAUAUUGUUCGUUGUUUGUCUCGUUAUUAAGGUAAUUCGGGAAUUAAAGAGACGUGAGAAGUGGAAUUUUCACUCUUUAUCACUUUGCGACUGCAGUUUUUUUAAUUUUCUUUCGUUUUGUUAUCUUUUUGUCACACUUUUCGUGAAUACGCGGAAGUAUUUCAACGCUUCCAGUCCACGUCACGACGAGAUUAUAACGUGAAAGGGGAGCUAUUGUGAUUUUUUUUUUCGAUUCAUUUAGUAAUGUAAAUGUUCGACUACUUUGAAGAUGAACGAAAUUAUUGGACGUAAUCAGUGUGACACAUUAUAUUCCACCACUUUACUACGAAUUACGAUAAUAAUUAUGUAUUUGUUAUUCUGAGGAAGACGAAAAUGGGCCAAAAUAGUACUUAAAAGAAGUUGCGAGAGUUCACCAAAGAGUCGUGAAGGUCCAAUCGAGUAAAUAAUAAUUCUGAAGUGAAUUGAUGAAGAAUAAGAAACGUUAGAGAAAUUCAUACAUAUAUUUUUGCGAAUAUCUCUGCGAAUAAGUCAAAAUAUGGGGAGAUUUUUUCGUGAGAUUUUGAUUAUCUGCAACAGAUGUAAUUGACAAUUGAUAAUUGCCAUUUAACGGUGUUGUAGCGGAGUCCAUUAAAUCAAAGAAUUGAAUAAAAAAUUUUCAAUAUAUUAUUUAAUUCAUUUGAACACCGUUUGCAAAAUAUCGAGGACUGUGUGUGUACAUAACAACAAUAAAAAAAAAAUUAAAUUGUCAAUUGUCAAUUAUUUAAUCAUCUUUGCGAUGAGUAGCUUCGCGGAAGAAUAAUAAAAGAUGUUUGCGGAGAAUGGAAGUCACUUUGAAAACUAUCUCUUGAUAAAUCCCUGUAGUAUCUCUUGAUAAAUCCCUGUAGGAAUUUUCUUUCCAAUUACAUUAACAAAAUAAUCUUCAAAUUUGUUGUUGGACCAUGCAAUUCACUCAUCUUCCAACUCUUCAUCAUUCAACAACAGAAUUACCUAUUAUUUUCUACGUAAUCUGUGACUCAAGUAACCGAGAAGAAAAGUUUGUAAAUAAUGUACACUUGUGCGUCUCGCGCCUUUAAUAUUUAGUGAAAUUAAGAAAAAAAGAUGGAAAACUACGAGAGAGUGAAAGAAUCAUCUCUUGCUCCCGCAGAUGAUAACUGUGCCUUAUCGCCUCUGUCCUCAGUAUGAAUCGUUGUAAAAAGAAAGAGAUAUAAGGAUCGGCUGAAAUGCUGACGUGACUUUUAUUGUAUGAAUGUACGUGUAAUCUAUUGCCAAGUUAUAUUUUUCAGUAUUUGAAUUAAUAAAGAUCAUCGAUGGAUAGGACAAUCGAAUAAAAAUCGAAAUAUUUGUUAGAAUCCCCUGAUUUUGUGGCCGAUAUGAAUGAUUGAAUUCAGUGGAGAAGUUGUAAAAUAACCGGAGUCGUAUUUCCUCUUAUUGAUUAUGAAAUUUUAUUGGUAAUUACCCCCUUUUGACAUUUUCUCCUAGAAUCAUCCCACUCUAUCCCUUCUCCACUGAAUUAAUCCCAAAAUCAGAAUAAGAUUUUAUCGAACUACAGUAAUGAACAAAUGUAUUCGAAGAACCACUGUAAAUAAUUACUCUUAAAAAACUAAUGUCUGAAGAAAUCAAAGGAAAAGGAAAGAAGACGUGAGGAGAAAAUAAAUGCACAUUUUUUGAAAUAAACAAGACAAAUAAGUAUUGACAAUUUAUA